AUGGACGCGGCGGCCAUGAACAGAGAUGACCCCGAGGACAGGUCGGCGCACGUGGAAGACCCCGAGAAGAUCACUUGCUUGACCCCCGCGCCGUCGGAGAUGACUCUGGCGCCGAUCGAGAGGGCGAACUUGUUCAAGGACGCGGUCGUCAAGAUCGUCACCGUAGCCUACCUCCAUGGGGGCAGCAACAUGCUCUCCGAAACGAUGAACGCGGUCAAGGACAUGAUCGCCGCGAUCAAGGGCAUGCCCGCGUCGUGCGAGGUCGAGAUCAACAAUGCGAGCAGCAACGCGAUGCAAGCGCUGAAGCUCUUGAACACCAUCGGCGGGGCCGAGGUCGACACGUUGGCCUUGGCGCAGGCCGACAAGUUCGUCAAGGACGACCGGAGGUCAUUCGCAGAGCAGCCGAAUUACAUGGCGCUGACCCUGCAGUGCACCCACGGCGUCACUAAGAUCGACAAGGCAGUCGUGAAGACGGCGUCGAAGGCCUUCGGGUCGAACGCUUCUCGGCAGCAGCUCGCCCGCACCUUGCGCGGCCAGCGGUCGGGGGGCCAUGGGCGCUCGCUCUGGGGGAAGUGCAUCGUGAACAUCGGCACCUAUAACGCCAAGAGCGCGCAGUUCGUUGCCGCGAACUUCGGGGAGAUCGAGGGGUUUCGAUCCCGCCCCGGGGAUUCAGUUGCAAUGGUUUCGCGAGGUCACUGGGUCUGCGUGGGUUGCAUACUGGGGAAUAGAGGCGCCUGGGCAUCGAUCCACGGCAACGCCGACUUCGACGCCGCCUGGAAGUGGGUCGAUUGCGCGCCCCUUUGGUUUAAGCCAACGGAAAUCCUGGGCCCCAAUUGCCGUUGGAAGUCGUUCCGCCAAUUCCUCGACAAAGUGAAGGUCUACUUCGAUCUGGUGAAAUCGCAUGAUGAGAUUCGCGGGGAGAGCGGCGUUCUCAAGGACCACCUCGCCGAGGCCCCCGCGCCAGCUGCGGGCGCCUUCCGGGGUCUGCUCGAACAGGCCUUGAAGGGGAAGAACGCAAACAAUGGCAUUGAGGCGGAGCUCAUCGACGACGCGCGCGUCGAGGGCUUCGAGGCCGCCGCGCAAGAGCUCAAGACGCGCAUUUUCCUUCAGAUCUCAGGUGCUGACCUGCAGGCGCCCGACGAGAAAUCCAACGACUUCACCUUGAGCAAGAUCCAGGGCGGGCCUGUGGACAAGAUGUGGUCCGAGGGCUUGGCUGCUACUGCCAGCGUCGAGGAGGAGGUUGGCCGCAAGUUCCGGCAGCUGGAGGCCCUCACUGCCACGGAGCAGAGGUUCGACAUGACGUUGCCAGCUGAGAAGAAACCCGGGGCGAUGACCCUCAUCUGCAACCGCGCAGCCCAGACGCUGUGCGAGUACGAAGCUCUGGGGGGCAUCAAGGAGGUGGGCAACAACGUAGUUGCCGCGAAGAUAUUCAUGAUGACGGUCGUUGCGAACACGCAGGAGUGGAAGGUCACGACAUUGAUCGAGCCAUUCGUUGAUGGCACUCCUGUAUGA